GAGUCCAUUCCUGCUGACGCAUGAUCCGGACCAGGCGCAUUUACCGAGGGUAUUCCAGCGCCCGAGCAAGAACACAACGGUACAGGACCACUACGUCGCUUCAGUAUAUAUUGAUCUCAUGUCAACUCUAUCGGAGCGACAGAAAGAUGAGCUACAUAAGUCGAUCUUGGACUAUUUUCAUUCACAUGAUAUGACCGCUUCCUAUUCCGCUUUCCUCGCCGACAGUGGGACAGUUCACAAGCCCGAUGAAACGUCAAAGUAUAAGGGCUUAUUGGAGAAGAAAUGGACAAGUGUGAUACGGUUACAGAAACGGAUUAUGGACCUUGAAAAUCGAAAUGCGCAGCUUCAAGAAGAGCUCUCUCUUUCCCCUGCUCGGCGAUCCAAUUCGCAAGCAGACUGGGUCCCUCGCGCGCCCGCACGCUACACUCUGACGGGCCAUCGAGGGCAGGUCCUUCGAGUCACCUUUCACCCAUUGUACUCGGUCCUCGCAAGUGCUAGCGAAGAUGCGACCAUCAAGAUAUGGGAUUGGGAGACUGGCGAGUUCGAGCGGACCCUGAAGGGCCAUACCCGUCAGGUUCUUGACGUGCAUUAUGACAGUAAAGGGGCGCGACUCGUAUCGUGUUCGUCAGAUUUGACUUUAAGAAUAUGGGACGUUCUAAAUGAAUACUCCUCUCGAACGCUGCACGGUCAUGAUCACUCCAUAUCGUCCGCUCGCUUUGUUCCUGGGGACGAUUUCAUCGUAAGCUCCAGUCGGGACUUCACAAUCAAAGUAUGGGACGUAACAAAUGGCUGGUGUGUUAAAACUUUGACUGGUCACUCGCAAUGGGUGAGAUGCGUCACUCCAUCGGAGGAUGGGCGGUUGUUGGCCAGUUGCUCUGAUGAUCAGACGGCUCGUAUAUGGGAUAUGCAAACGGGGGAAACAAAGAUCGAGUUACGUGGCCACGAUAACUACUUAGAGGUUGUCACGUUCGCCCCCGUCGUGUCUUAUCCGAGCUUAUCGGAACUUUCGGGUGCUGCAUUGCCUUCCGACCGUGUCAAACUUCCUGGACAGUUUCUCGCAACCGGAUCAAGGGAUAAAUCGAUCAAGUUAUGGGAUGCCUCAAGUGGCCAAUGCAUUAAGAACCUAGCGGGUCAUGAUAAUUGGGUCCGGGCACUCGUAUUCCACCCCUGCGGCACCAUGCUUCUCUCCGCAGCGGAUGACAAAACGAUCCGUGUUUGGGAUUUGAAGACUGGCCGAUGCAUAAAAACGGUCGAGGCACAUGGCCACUUUGUUACCGCUCUGGCUUGGGGCCGAACCAAAGCCGGAAUUGGCGCCUCUUCGGGACAAGUUACAGCAAAUGGAACCACCAGCGGAGAGAAGGUAGAGGAAGAUCGCCCCGUUAAUGUGUGCGCAUCUGGGAGUACAGAUCAGACGAUCAAGAUUUGGACGCCUUGAAGGCUAUACUUGGUAUCUGUUUGACGGCUGAAUCAGAACAGGCCACAUGCUUUUGGCCUCCUUCGGGAUGAAAUUUGGCGUCAACUCUUUCUGAACAUUCUCCAUUGGGCAGGAGUGGUCGUAUUCCUUGGUU